UAGCCUCGGGCGGGAGCGGAGCCUUCGGUCCCGGAGUCACGGGCUCCGCCCCUCGCCCCCGCUCCGCCCAGCACUGGCUCCACGUGGUUUUCACCACUCGCACCGGGGACCUGGUGGUCCCAAGGGAUCUCCAGGUGGGGGUGGUGCGGUAGAAAGAACCGCAAGCAGCCAGGAGGGUCGGUCUGUGACUUCUCCCCGAAACGUGCAAGGAGCGCGCUCUGCGGGGAAAACAGGACUCCACCGGCUUCCGACGACAAGCUUGCGACGGAGAGUCGGAGUCCCGAACGACAGGUGAGGACGAGUGAGCGGACCAAAGGGAAGGACAGUCCGGGGUCACCAACCAGACCGCCAUGGCCGCGCCCGCCCUCCGACUGUGCCAUGUCGCCUUCCACGUGCCCACAGGGCAGCCUCUGGCCAGGGAUCUGCAGCGCCUCUUCGGCUUCCAGCCCUGGGCGGCGCGGGAGGCCGGCGGCUGGCGGCAGCUGGCCCUGCGCAGCGGCGACGCGGUCUUUUUGGUGAAUGAGGGCGCGGGGCCCCGGGAGCCGCUCUACGGCCUGGACCCGCGUCACGCGGUGCCCAGCGCCACCAACCUGUGCUUUGAUGUGGCGGACGCGGGUGCAGCCGCCCGGGCGCUGGCGGCAAAGGGCAGCUGCGUGCUGGUGCCUCCUGUUCGUGUGCAGGAUGCACUGGGCGCUGCCACCUACACCGUGGUCAGCUCGCCGGCAGGCAACCUCAGCCUGACGCUGCUGGAGCGCAGCGGCUACCGCGGACCCUUCCUACCCGGUUUCCGCCCUCUGUCCUCCAAAACCGGCCCCGGAUGGUUCAGCCACGUGGACCACCUGACCCUGGCCUGCACCCGCGGCAGCUCCCCUACACUGAUGCGCUGGUUCCACGACUGUCUAGGCUUUCACCACCUGCCACUGAGCCCAGGCGAGGAUCCGGAGCUGGGCUUCGAGGUGACAGCGGGGUCUGGACAAGGCGGGCUGAGGCUCACUGCCCUGCAGACCCGGCCAUGCAGUGCUGUCCCCACCCUUGUGCUGGCUGAGUCCCUCCCCGGGGCCGCCAGUGGACCGGACCAGGUGCAGCAGUUCCUGGCCCGGCACAGAGGACCCGGCCUGCAGCACGUGGGACUGUACACACCGAACAUCACAGAAGCCACUGAAGGGGUGACUUUGGCGGGGGGCCGGCUCCUGAUUCCCCCGAAGGCCUACUACCAGCAGCCGGGCAAGGAACGUCAGAUCCGAGCUGCAGGUCAUGAGCCCAACCAGCUGGCCCUGCAGGGAAUUCUGCUAGACGGCGAGAAAGGCAAGUUUUUGCUUCAGGUCUUCACCAAGUCGCUCUUUGCAGAGGACACCUUCUUCCUGGAGCUGAUUCAGAGGCAGGGGGCCACAGGCUUUGGCCAGGGCAACAUCCGGGCCUUGUGGCAGUCCGUGGAGGAGCAAGCUGCCAGGGGUCAGGAAGCCUGAGGAGGCCAGAGCUGGCAGCCACCUGUCCUGGAGGUCUGGGGAGUUCAGCCCAGGGCCUGGUGGAAUAAGGCUUCGUCCCUAGGGGCCAGGUGUGGCCCCCAUUUCAUCAGUACCUGCCAGAAGUUGAAUCUCUCACUGGGGUUCAAAGAAGUUUGUUUUUAACUACAAAACACUUUUUACAGUCUAUAUCUAAAUAAAGAAUAAAGGAGUAUAACUCCUUUAGGAAAUGGAACACAACCAAUACUCUUGAAGACUUUUAUGUCCUUCUCUGACCUCAUUUCCCUUCACCCACUCCCAAUUUUAGGAUUAUUAACCCUGUGCUUUCCUCUAUUGAUUCACUACAUAUGUAAUUUAUCCCUAAAUAAAUGAUUUCUUAUUUGAGGUAGGAAUUUAAGACAGAAUCAAUCUUUCUCUGUGCUUCUUUCCCUUCUCCCUCAGGAGCAGCCAUAGAAGGGGGAGGGGCUGGGUCAAGGCUGAGCCAAACCACUUGCUCUAGAGCAGUGGUUCUCAACCUUCCCAAUGCCACGACCCUUUAAUACAGUUCCUCAUGUUGUGGUGACCCCCAACCAUAACAUUAUUUUCGUUGCUACUUCAUAACUGUAAUUUUGCUACUGUUAUGAAUUGUAAGGUAAAUAUCUGAUAUGCAGGAUGUAUUUUCAUUGUUACAAAUUGAACAUAAUUAAAGCAUAGUGAUUAAUCACAAAAACAAUAUGUAAUUGUAUAUGUGUUUUCCGAUGGUCUUAGGCGACCCCUGUUAAAGGGUCGUUCGACCCCCAAAGGGGUCGCGACCCAC